CGCAGACGCCUGGCCUUCAUCACAUGAUCUUCAUCAUCAUCAUCAUCGUCAUCGUCAUCGUCAGCAUCAGCGUCUAACGUCACUGUGUGUGUGCGUGUGUGUGUGUGAGUGAGUGAGUGUGUGUGUGUUGUCACGCUGUUAGCGAGGACAUGGCCGGCAUCUUGGCGUGGUUCUGGAACGAGCGCUUCUGGCUCCCGCACAACGUGACGUGGGCUGACUUGAAGAACACCGACGAGGCGACGUUCCCGCAAGCGGAGGACCUUUAUCUCGCUGGCCCUUUGGCCUUCUGCGUCGUUAUGCUGCGGCUGCUGUUCGAAAGGUUAAUUGCAAGGCCAUGUGCUGUGGGCCUGAAGAUUCAAGCCAACGGGCCACAAAAAGCCCAACCCAACGCCAUCUUGGAGAAGGUUUUUACCGCCAUUACCAAGCACCCCGAUGAAAAGAGGCUGGAGGGAUUGUCCAAGCAGCUGGACUGGGACGUCCGAACCAUUCAGCGCUGGUUCAGACAACGACGCAACCAAGAGAAACCCAGCACUCUCGCCCGCUUCUGUGAGAGCAUGUGGCGGUUUACAGUUUAUCUCUACAUUUUCACUUAUGGAGUGCGUUUCCUUAAAAAGACACCCUGGCUAUGGAACACUAAAGAAUGCUGGUACAACUACCCUUACCAGCCAUUGUCUGUGGACGUCCACUAUUACUACUUACUGGAGCUGUCCUUCUACAUGUCCAUGCUCUUCUCCCAAUUCACUGACUUCAAGAGGAAGGACUUCUUCAUCAUGUUCCUGCACCACGUGGCAACCAUCUCCCUCAUCACCUUCUCCUACGUCAACAACAUGGCAAGAGUUGGAACUCUGGUCAUGUGUCUGCACGACGCAGCGGAUAUCCUGAUAGAGGCAGCCAAGAUGGCCAACUAUGCCAAAUGUCAGAUAUUGUGCAACCUCCUCUUUGCCAUGUUUGCAAUUCUCUUCAUCAGUUCCAGGCUGGCAGUUUACCCAGUGUGGAUUCUAAAUACCACCCUGUUCGAGAGUUGGGAAAUAGUUGGACCUUACCCAUCCUGGUGGGUCUUCAACCUGCUUCUAAUCUUACUGCAGCUUCUUCACUCGUACUGGUCGUACCUCAUAGUGAAGACCGCAUACCACGCCAUCUCCAAAGGAAAGGUGGGGAAAUGGAGUCCUUUACAUGUGUCUAAAGAUGACCGCAGUGACAUCGAGUCCAGCUCGGACGAGGAUGAAAGCCCUCCACCCAAACAGAAACCCCACAGCAGCGCCACCAACGGGACCAACAAAGCUCACGGGACCAAUGGCUACCUGACAGCAGCUUUUUACCCUAAUGAACACUGACUGUACUGGCACAGCCAUGUGGGGACAACAUUAACACCACUUAUUUUAUCCUCAACUUCUUUAUGGCUUCAGUUUUCAGUUUGACUCGUUUCCAUAAGACAAUCCUCUCGUCUGCAUAAUUUCAUCAGCUAUCAAGCAAACUUUUUUUUGUCAGAGAGUGAAAAUGUAUUCUUCUUUACGGCUUUAAGCAAACUACAGUUUGGACACACCUUCUCCUCAUUCAAUGUGUUUUCUUUAUUUUCAUGACUAUUUACAUUGUAGAUUGUCACAUCAGAACUAUGAAUGAACACAUGUGGAGUUAUGUACUUAACAAAAAAAGGUGAAAUAACUGAAAACAUGUUGGGUCUCUCCCUUAGAGAUAGGGUGAGAAGCUCUGUCAUCUAGGAGGAGCUCAAAGUAAAGCCGCUGCUCCUCCACAUGGAGAGGAGCCAGAUGAGGUGGUUCGGGCAUCUGGUCAGGAUGCCCCCCGAACACCUCCCUAGGGACGUUUUUAGGGCACGUCCGACCGGUAGGAGGCCACGGGGAAGACCCAGGACACGUUGGGAAGACUACGUCUCCCGGCUGGCCUGGGAACGCCUCGGGAUCCCUCGGGAGGAGCUGGACCAAGUGGCUGGGGAGAGGGAAGUCUGGGCUUCCCUGCUUAGGCUGCUGCCCCCGCAACCCGACCUUGGAUAAGUGGAAAAAGUUGGAUGGAUGCAUGGAUGUUUUAUAUUGUAGUUUCUUCAAACUAACCACCCUUUGCUCUAAUUACUCUUUUGCACACUCUUGGCAUUCUCUCCAUGAGCUUCAAGAGGUAGUCACCUAAAAUGAUUUUCACUUUACAGGUGUGCUUGAAGCUCAUGGAGAGAAUGUGAAAGAGUAAUCAGAGCAAAGGGUGGCUAUUUUGAAGAAUCUAGAAUAUAAAACAUGUUUUCAGUUAUUUCACCUUUUUUUGUUAAGUACAUAACUCCACAUGUGUUCAUUCAUAGUUUUGAUGUGACAAUCUACAAUGUAAAUAGUCAUGAAAAUAUAGAAAGGAGAAGGUGUGUCCUAACUUUUAGCCUGUACUGUACAUCGAUACACAGUCGUCUGGCAUUCUGGGGGUGUGUGCGUCUUAUGUCGGUAUCUUUUGUGUUAUUUAUUAAUUUUCCUCACGAUUACGUUUAGUGCUACACCCCCAAAGAUUUGCCAAAUUAAUGAACGGUGAGUUCCAAUUUGUGACAUUGACUCGCCGUUUGAAAAAAAGACAAACAUUGUCCACUUCAGCUGUAUAUGAGAUGUCAACAACAGUAUUAUGUGUAUGACUAGAUACUGUAUUCCCUAUUGAUGCAUUUUGUUUAGUCGUGCGACACAUUGCUGCCUGCGUCUCGUAUAAGGCACUUAUGAGUCGUUUGAAUUAUUCAAUAAAUGAACAAAAACCGUCAUUGCAAAUAUGAGUGGGUUGCUUUUCAUCAGUGACAAAAACACAAAUGAGCAGCAUAGAAAAAGCUCCUUCACUGCUUUGAUUCAAUUACAGAAUAUUGUCUGUAAUUCUUUUCAUAAAGGAUCAUCAUCAAGAAAUAUUUAAUUUCUGGCAGACAUAAAAUUAUAGGUAUUUGUAAACUUAAACUGGUUUGCAUUAUUCCACACUGGUUUUAAUGUCAACUGCAAAUGCUGGUGGUUAGAGCUAAACAAAUGCAACUCCCCUAUAAAUACAAAUUGAUAUUUGUGAAGGAAUUGAUGAGCACGUUAGAUCUAACACUAUUUUGUCAAUGGUUUUUAUAUUCCAGAACCAAAGAUGGGAUGUUUAUUAUGCAUUGUUAGGGAAAACAAAUAUGUAUUUCUAUGGCAGGAUCAAUUGUAACGUUCUGGUGUAUGUCUGGAUCCCAGGUUGCAGAGAUGGCCCUCUUUUGUUAGGGUAAAACGAAGGUAAUACGAAGUGCACAAAGAGUAAAUAGGCCUAAGAUGCACAAAGCAAAUGAUCUGGGACAGGCGCGUAUUGAUUGCCAAUCAGGGACAGGUGAGACAGUGGAGGUAAACAGGAAGUGGAACGAAAAAUAAGAACGCUUUAAAAGAAAUAAUAAAAAAUACAAUAAACAUGCAAGAUUAUGAGACUGACAUUUACAUUGUUUUAUAUAUAUUGAAAUAUGUAGCCAUAACGCAUAUUGUAUCAUUUACUUUGGCAAAAUGUAUUUGUUAUAACAAAUUGUUGAAUAUGAAUAUAUACAUAACAUGUUAUCAAUGUAUAUCAUUUUAUGAGUUUCUGUUGG